AUGAUAUAAAUAUUAUUGUUGCUCGGAGUUGCCAUAGCCAAUAAUUUAAGAUUCAGAGCCAAGGGAACAAUACCCAAUCUUUGGAACAUUUAAGCAUCCACCUGCUACGGAGUAAUGUUCGAUGCUGGCAGUUCCGGCACUAGAGUCUAUGUGUAUUCGUGGAAUUGCAGAGAGACUCAAACCAUGCCCUACGUCUCCCUCAGUGAGAAAUCCAUAGAGAAGAAGGUGAAGCCAGGAAUAUCAUCCUUUGCCACUAAACUCAAUGAAAUACCCGCCUAUCUCUAGCCAUUGAUUGAUUUUGCACUCAGCAACAUCCCCAAAUCCAUGAAGGCCUACACUCCAAUCAUGCUAGGUGCCACUGCUGGUAUGAGACUGUUGCCAGUCGAAUCAUAAACUUAGAUUAUGAAGGAAGUCCAACGAGUCUUCCUCAAAUCUGGAUUGCUUUUCUUAAGCGAAUAAUGGGCGAGAGUGAUUACUGGAUAGGAAGAAGGAGCAUACAUGUGGUUAUCUCUUAAUUACCUCCUCCAGACAAUGUCAGAUUAAUAAUAGGUCACAACCAUUGAUUUAGGGGGGGCUUCUACGUAGAUUUCGUUCAAACCUAAGGGGAAAAUUGAGGACGGAAUGAUGGAUCUCAUUAUACCUAAUUUGAAUGAAUACGAAAUAUUCAGCAGUAGUUAUUUGCUUUUUGGAAUGGAUCAAGCAUUAAUUCAAGUGCAUAAGUAGUUUUAAGACAAUGACACAUUCACUAUCACUACUCCUUGCUAUUUUAGUGGAUACGAGAACGUGUAUGAGUAUGAUGCCAGAUUCAAAGUUAUCGGGUAGGGCAAUUACUAGGAAUGCAGGAGACUCAUAAGACAAUAUCUUAAUAAUGAUCCAGAGAAAUGCCAACACUCCAAUUGUGGGAUCAAUGGGCAAUAUUAGCCUAAAAUUGAUGGUGACAUCAUAUAUGGCAUUAGUGGAAUUUAGAGCAUGGUGAAUUUGUUUGGAUUUGAAAACUACACUCUCACUCAGUAUUCCAACAAGGUUGUUAGUUUCACAUCUUUGGUUUGGUCGGAUAUAGAACAAAUACCGGAAUACAUUAGCAAUCCCUACAUCACCACAGAUUACUUCUCAAGUAUCUAUGUCGAUGAGUUGCUCUCGUAUGGCUAUGGAAUAAGCAGGGAUCAAUUGCUCUAUAGUCCUGAUGAGAUCAACAACAUUUCCCCUUCCUGGACAGUUGCUGCUAUGUUCUAUCAACUCGCUCAGAUCCAGUGCCAAUAUGAUAGUCCUGUGUGCAUUCAACUCAUUAAAUGA